CUCUCCCGGCCGGCGGCGAGGAAGAAACGCAAGCUGGGGAUCACGAAAAACUUCGAGGUUAAGAUUCCACAAACUUCCUAGCAGCCCGAACGAAUCCAUCGAUCGUCGAAAAUCGCGAACGCGCCAGGCAGAAACGAUGAGCACCGAAGAAGACAAGACCGCCAAAGUCCCCGCCACCGAACCAACUCCAGAGGAACCAGAAGCCAAGAAGCAAAAAAUCGACGAAAGCGAAGAGAAAAAGACCGACGAAGACGAAGAUAAGACCCCUUCCGAACCAGCAAUGACCGCCGCAGAACCCAAGAACUCGUCGUACCCCAUGGCCCCCGACUCGGACUGGCCCGAGGCCUGGUACAUGAUGGACGACGGAACCUACGAGGACCAAAAGGCACUCAACCGACUGGAGCCCAACAAGCCCGCCACGGUCRAACUCCUGAAGGAUCUCGGGAUUGGCUUCUGGAAGAUGGACGCCGAAACCUACAAGUAUCCCGCCAAGGCCAUUCCGUGGGAUCCGAAGGACGCGACCGACCCCAAGCUGAAGGAAAUCCGCGACGCACGUGAGUAUUAACGGGACGCAACCCGUGUGCCGCGAUUGGUGUGCAUUGCGUAUGAUUUGGAUGGAAUUGAGUACAGUAUCCAGUUGUUGCGCAUCGAAUCGUUGCUAACCCUUGUCACAAACCAUUUUUUCACGUGAUCUCUGACACCGAAAAUUCAUGUGUAAUCCAUCCAGGUGGUUACUCGUACGCCGACAUUAUCUCCGUCAGACCCGAUCUUUUGCCGGGGUACGACGAAAAAAUCAAGGCCUUUUACGAGGAACACAUCCACGACGCCGAAGAAAUCCGUUACAUCAUAGAUGGAAGCGGAUACUUUGACAUUCGCGACAAGGAGGACAAAUGGAUCCGCAUCUGGAUCAAGAAGGGGGAUCUCAUGACGCUGCCCGAGGGAUGCUACCACCGCUUUACCUGCGACGAAACCGACUACAUCCAGGCCAUGCGAUUGUUCAUCGGGCAGCCCGUUUGGACGCCCUUCAACCGGCCCCAGGAGGAMCACAAGUCCCGCCAGCACUACGUCGAAACMUAUAUCAAGGGUGCAACGGAGGGUCCACUCGACUCGUUUUAGAGAGUGGUUCGAAACGAAUGGAUUUGGGAUCAGAAAUGGAUCGAACCGAGUCURGAUGCGAUACAUAGAAAUUUAUGACUAGUGGUAAUAGAAUGGUGCAAUGGGAAGGAGUCAUCAAUCAAUUGUWGUGAAUUUGUGUUUCAGUAGAAGUCACUCUUGCGACGUAAAUAACACUAACUAUGUUCAGUAAACCAUUAUUUCUACG